UCAACUUACAAUAGAACGUUCGUGACGUUUAAACCUAGAGGUGCACUUGAAGAAAUAUUUCGAGUUGGAACAAAAACAUUGUUCACCGCCAACCUGAAUGAACGUCCUCUCAUAAAUAGUUGCAAAAUUAAAAUCGAUUCAAAUAAUAAAUAAAAAAUACCUGGAAAAAGCAUUUAUAAUCCCAGUACUGUACAUGUUUUCUUAAAGCUAAUAUUCAACUAGAAUUAACAUAUAGUUUUUAACUUAUGACAUCAAUAAUAACCAUUAUAACAAAACGAAUAUCAAAAAGAUUUUCAGAAUAACGUAACCUCUAAAAUCUGUGUGUUUUGCUCACGAGGGAUAAAAUUUGUCAACUAUAAGACAUUUGUCCGAAUAGAUGAUAAGUAUUAUAUAAGAUAAGAUGCUUUACUCUAACUGACGACGGUUGCACUUAUCUAACCCCCAAGAUAUCUCGGAUCAUCUGUACUUAUGUCAUCUACGCAAGAUAACGAGCAGCCUACAACAUUUCAGUCAAUUCAGUGCAAUUGCCGGAUUCGGCUUGCAUACUAUCAACGAAUACUAUUUUAGCUAAAUUACAUACAAAUAUCAAGCUAUUUAGAUUAAAAGCACUGAAAAUGUUUAAGCGAAAGUUAAAGGCUCUUGACUACUUCGAUUGUGACAAGUUUAAUGGAAAUGAUCUACAACACGUUAAAAAGUUAGUGCCAUGGCUGGAGGAUCAAAAAAUUCGGCAAUAUAAAAUUGAAGAUCGCAAAGACUUACAAAAUAUCAAUUCUGAUCAAUGGCCAGCAACUUUUGAAAAAUAUUUAGAAGAUGUUGGAUGUCUACCUUUUCAAGCUCUUUUGGAUAAAGUGGAAUGGCUUAUAGGUUUAGCAAUAAGAUUGGAGUUUGAAGAUAAUUGUGAAAAAUACAGGGCAAUCACAAGCAGUAAUGCAAAAAGUAAACACGAAUCUGCUCCCAGUAUUAAAUCUUCAAAUCCGCUAGACAAUUUAGAUUUUCAAAGUAAUGAUUUCAAAGAUGGAGUGAAUGCAUUGGCAAAACUAUUAAAUAUACCUCAACAUCCAAAUCAUCUGAUAACGCUGGAAGCAUGCAGUAAACUUAUUUGUAAAAGACUGAAUCCUAAUGCAGUACAGAAUCCAAAUUCUGUAAUAGUACGAGGAAAACCAUUUCCUAUUAUGGAAACUGAGGUUGGAUAUAACAUGGGUGAUGCAGCAUUAAACAAAGCUGCUAAAGUCUUAAGUUUGUUGUAUAUUCAAGAUCUAAGAGAUCUUCAAACUAAAAUUAAUGAAGCCAUUGUUAGUGUACAAAGCAUCACAGCUAAUCCAAAAACAGACACAAAAUUAGGCAGAGUAGGAAGAUAAAUUUAUCGUAUUUAAUUACACUUAAAUUAGGUUUUUGUAAUAUUACCGGAAACUCUCACGGAAAAUAGAGUUUUUUACAUGGCAGGAGUCCGAAUAGACACUUCCAAUAUUACCACUUAAGUUAUUUCACAAAUAUUGUAUAAAUUGUGAUGGCAAUAAAAAACCAUUGAUAAUUUAUAAAUAA